AUGACGGAGGUAGUGGUCAUUGGUAUAGGGGGACCUACGUGUUCCGGCAAGUCGACGCUCGCGAGCGAUCUGCAGGCGAUUCUGACGCCGCGCGCCGGUGAAGCAUCGUCCAUCGUGUCUGUGGACGUCCUGCAUCAGGACGACUUUUGUCCUCCCAGCGAGCAGAUUCCAUGGAACCAGGCGUGGCAGGUCCAAGAUUGGGACACGCCACAUGGAUCAUCGGAUUACGCCCGUCUUGCUCGUGUGAUCCAAUAUUUCCGAGCGCACCAAAAACUACCGGACGAUUUCCAGAGCUUUGAGUUCCGACGAAGCAAUUAUACCUGUUCGCUUAGCCCUGAGGAACUUGCCGUCCAGCGCAGGCGAUUUCAUACACAGGCCUCGCAUGACGGACGGCCGGCACCUCGUAUCGCUAUCCUACUAGUCGAAGGCUUCUUGCUCUAUUACAGCGCGGUUGUUCGCACGCUGCUGGAUAUCCGCUUGUUCAUUCGCAUUCCUCGAAACACGAUGCACAAGCGACGCAAAGAGCGUGCCAACUAUAUUUUGGACAAUGGCGAGGUUUGGCAAGAUCCACCGUUCUACUUUGACCAGAUCGUGUGGCCUGCGUAUCUUGAGGCCCAUGCAGGCAUGUUUGAAUGCGGCGAUCCGGAGCAUGGGAAGGCCAUCGCGCCACAAAAUGACGAGGCGCCGGAUGGCGGAGCUCUCCAACACUUGAUCGUGCUGGAAGGCGAGUCAUGCACCAAACCCCAAUUGGCCUUGGCAGCCUGCAAUGUCAUCCGCCCAUCAUUGAUUCGGUAG